GUUUCAUUCAAUAUAGCGGAAUAUAUUGGCAUUGUCGCUUCACUGACCAGAUCUCAUCCGGCUCAACAGAUGCUAAAUAAAGUAGAGCAUACGGAUCCGUACUCUCGUACGUAUUCAGUAAUCUAUAUCAAAGUAGUGGACAUUUACGGCCAUCAAACAUUGGCUAUGAAGCAUUAAACAUAAAUCAGCCGUCCGCGUCAGCCCUGUGGAAUUGUUUUACGCUUGAAACUUGGUUGAUAUCAGCAUCGACUUUCUGCAUAUUUGUCGAACAUUGAAGUCUCUGGCCUUGACACAGCUGACGUGCAUAUACUCCUACAGAGGGGAUCUUGAUAAUCGCGUUGCACUCCACCAAUACAUACGACGUAGCCCCUAUCCACUCUCGUUUUUCGAUAUGAUAGAGCAUUCAGCAAAGCGCCGCCGUUUAAGUAAUACGGAAAAGGAUGGCACUACGAAAGUUACGAAAAGGUCCAAUGAGAUACCAGCAUCCCUUUCACUCCCAAUUAGUCCUCCAAGGAAAAUGAGAAGCCACGAGCGUAAACUCAUCAAGUCCCCAUUUCAGCUUACCACUAUUAGAGACCUUUCGGAAGAGUCAAACAUCGGAGCCGUCUCCCUCCAUGAUAUUCUCGGCGAUCCACUGAUAGCUGAGUGCUGGGAGUUCAACUACUUACACGAUGUGAACUUUCUUAUGAGCCAUUUUGAUGAGGAUACAAGAUCGCUCGUUGAAGUUCAUAUUGUACACGGAUUCUGGAAGAGAGAUGAUACCCAUAGAUUGUCGCUUGAGAAACAGUCUUCUCAGUACAAAAAUGUCACUCUUCAUGCAGCACACAUGCCAGAGAUGUUCGGUACCCACCAUUCGAAGAUGCUCGUGUUGUUUAGACACGACGACACAGCACAGGUUAUUAUAUGUACAGCCAACAUGAUUCCAAAGGACUGGACGAACUUGACCAACGGCGUUUGGCAAAGUCCACGACUCCCUCGCCUAACGGAAUCGCAUAAAUCUUCCGGAACAGAUAUGCGUAUUGGCUACGGGCCGAGAUUUAAAAUCGACUUGCUGAAUUACCUACGGGCAUACAAUACUAAAAGACAGACAUGCGAGUCCAUGGUUGAUGAACUGGAGAAAUAUGACUUUAGUGCCGUACGAGCAGCGCUGGUUGCCAGCGUGCCUGGAAGGCAUGAUAUAAAUGGAGAUGAUCCUAGGAAGACUCGCUGGGGAUGGGCAGGUGUUAAGCACGCCCUCGGCCCCGUCCCUGUUCAGUUGGGGAAAUCAGAGAUCGUGGUGCAAAUAUCAUCCAUUGCAACUCUAGGUGCAACAGACACCUGGCUAAAACACACCUUGUUCGACCCAUUAUCAUCUACGAGGGCGAGUUCCUCGAAGCCUAAAUUCAAGAUAAUAUUUCCUACUCCUGACGAGAUAAGACGUUCCUUAGAUGGCUACGCUUCUGGUGCUUCUAUACACAUGAGGAUACAAUCAGCAACUCAAGCGAAGCAACUUCAAUACAUGAGACCUAUAUUUCACCACUGGGCUAAUGAUUGCGAGAAGGGAAUAAUCGAAGAGGGCAAUGUCCAGGAUGGAGGACGCAAACGUGCCGCGCCACAUAUAAAGACUUACAUACGGUACAACGAGAACAAGUCCAUCGAUUGGGCCUUGCUCACAUCCGCCAACAUAUCAACGCAGGCCUGGGGAGAAGCCGCAAACACUGGACAGAUACGAAUUGCCUCGUGGGAGAUUGGCGUCCUCGUGUGGCCUGAAUUAUUUGCGGAUGGAGCUAAGAUGGUUGGUACCUUUAAGACGGAUAUGCCUACAAAAGAAGAUUUCGACGGGAAUGAGCCUUUGGUUGGUCUAAGGAUACCGUAUAGCCUGCCUCUACAGAGAUACGGAGACAGUGAAGUUCCAUGGGUAGCUACGGCAAGCUAUACGGAACCUGAUUGUAUGGGUCAUUUUCGGAAGGAUUAGACCUAGGAGUUAUCAAUGUAAGAUGAUAUAUAGUAGAACUAUUAUA